AUGGUAGCGGAGCUUCGGCUCAUCGCUGGCUGGGCAGGCCUUUUCGUGACUUUGGCGCUGAUGGCGGCGCAGGCGAGCACCGAGCAGCAAGCGAACCCUUUCUCCCCUACUUCUCCUACGGCGACGCAGGCGGCACCAUCGGUGCCCAUCGGCUCCGGAGGCCUGAUCGAUACCAAGGCCUAUGGGAAGCUGCGCUCCUUUGAUGGAAAGGAGGAAAGUUGGUCCACCUGGGCCUUUGUUGCAAGGAGCUACUUUGGGCUCCUGAGCGGCGCCUACGAGAACUACCUCACGGCAGCUGAGGGACGGCAGGGGCCAAUGCCAUUGGCCUCGAUGACCGAGACGGAGGCAAUCCAUGCCAGGACUUUGUACCACGUUCUGGUGCAGAGUGUGGAGGGAAAGGGGCUGAGCAUCCUGAUGAAUGUGGAGAAGCUGAAUGGGCUGGAGGCCUGGAGAGCUCUCGUGGAUGCUUACCAGCCCGACCUUGGAGGAAGGCACACUUCUAUGCUGAUGGGAAUCAUAAGCCCUUCCUGGGGAAAGGUCACGGAGGCGGACUUCUUGGAGAACGUCGAGAAGUGGGAGGUCUUGAUCCGGAGGUACCAGGACCAGGCCGUCGACGUUGUGAGCUCGGCGACCAAGAUUGCCGUGCUGAUGAAGUACGCCCCGCCGAACCUCCGAGGAGCUCUGCGCACCAAUGCCUCGAUCAUGGGGGCCGACUACGAGCGGGUGAAGAAGUUCAUUCGGGACUGGCUGCAGAGCGGCGUGACCUACACGAACGUCGGCGACGCAGUCGCCCCGAGCACCCCGGGCGGCCUCAUGCCCAUGGACAGAAAGGAGGCGGCGGAAAAGGAGCCGGGAAAGGAAAGACCAAGACGACAGCUGCGGUGGAGCAGGGGGCCGAGCGUGCCGGCGGCGAUCCACUACUACAUGGGCGAGGGCGAGGAUGCCGGGCCCGAGCUGGAGGAGUACGAGGACGCGAGCUGGGUGAUGGCGAUCCAGGCUGCCAGCGGGAAGCGCGAUGAUGGCAGCACGAGGGGCCAGGAACACCUAAGCUAUAUCCUUUACGACUCUGGCUCUGAUGAGAAUGUGUGCCCCUAUGACCUGACCGAGGACACCCACGACAUGCCGAGCGAGGUGAUGCUGCGGGACGUGGCCGGCGGAAAGCUGAGCACGGGGAGGCAGCGGAAGCUAAGUUUCAUGGUCGAGACCACGGAGGGCAGGCAUGUGAGAGUGGAGGGCAUCUUGCAAGUAAGCCGGGCUUGCCUCAAGCUGGUGGUCUCGGCGGGCAAGCUCAUCCGAGCUGGCUAUGGCGCCGUCUUGACCGCAGGCGGCGGAACCUUGUGGCACCCGAGCGGCGGCCACAUACCUUUGAAGCUGCACGGCAACGCCGCCUACUUUACAGCCUGGGACCUGCAGGCCGUACCGAGGAUUGGGGCCAGCCAGGAAUACGACGGCACAGUUCGAGUGGCAGCCCCGGUGGCGGCAGAAGGCGGCGAGAAUGCAGGCGAGGCGGCAAUCCAGGACCAGCCGGGCGAGGCCCCAGCCGAGCAGGAGGCAGUGAUCCAGAUCGGCGGGGACGUGAAUUUUGAGCGUCGUGGAGCCAUGAAGCUCCGGCUGAAGGAGCUGGGCCAGGUGAGCUAUGGCACGAAGCAGGAGCUUUGGAAGCGCCUGGAGAAAGCCGAGCGCACCCACCUGCAGGAACAAGACCUUCGAGCCCAGCGGCCACGCGUGGAGAUCGACUACUCUUUCCUCAAGACCGACGGCACGCGGGCCACUGAGGGAGAAGCUGCGGAGGUUAUAUUGAGUGCGUGGGACGAGUCCACGGGAAUGGCAACGGCGGCCUCUUUGCCAGCCAAGAACCACGACCUUGGGUAUGUGUGCCGGUGGCUUGGCGAGUUCAUCGCCAACUUGGGCCAUGUGAAGGUGACGAUCCGGACUGACGGCGAGCCAGCGAUCCUCAACAUUGCCCGCAGGCUGGCCGACACCCUCAGGAGCGACACAAUGGUCGGGGCCAAAGGGAUCCGGGCCACCUUGGAGACGGCAUUUAGGUACUCAAGCCAAUCAAUGGGCGGCGUGGGCUCCUUCCAGCACACCUUGAAGACAGAUGUGCUGACCCUAAGGUACGACGUCGAGAGCCGUUACAACUUUGCUUUGAAUCCGGGCCACAACCUUUGGCCUUGGAUGGUGCGGUGGGCCAGCUUCAUCCGGAGCCGCUUCGGGGUGAAGGCCAACGGGCGCACGGCCUACCAGGACGCCUUCGACACAACCUUCACCGGGGAUAUCCUCCCUUUCGGCGAGACGGCUAUGUUCAGGGAUUUUCCUGCGCCCUUGCAGUCCGCGGAGUACCUGUUCGGCACCAAGGACGGACCACGGCGACUUUCUACCACCACGGGCGGCCGGGAAGCCUUGGCAGCCGGGGAGACACCAGAGCACACCGCGAGCCAAAGGGGAGCAGACCUUGCUGUUCCACCAACGCCGGGCGAUGUGCCGGGCACACCGCCGGUGAGGGCGGCAACACCGAAGUCCCAGACAGACCGAGCAGAAGGAGCACAGACAGACCAGACAGAAGGAUCACAGACAGACCGGGCAGAAGGACCACAGACCAGACAGACUCCGUUGAAGUUGCCGGCAGCCAAGCAUGGACGCAAGGAGCGCGACGUGGCGGAGAAGGAACGCAGGGACACCGAGGAUGCCAAGAUCAGAGCAGAGUCUGUCUCGACAGGUUCUGGAGUUAAGCGUGUCCCAGCCGAGGCCGUGGAAGAGCUCGAGGAGCACGAGGUGGGCCAGCCGGACAUCGAGGACGACUGGGCCGAGGACGAUGAGGAGGAGCUGGACACCGACGCGGCAGAGUACGAGCAGGAGGUGCGAGAGGGCAAGAACAAGGAGCUCAGCAAGAUGGACAAGUACGACACCUACGAGCCCCGGCCGGCAUCUGAAGCAGAAGGCAAGAAGAUCCUCGACAGCACUUGGGUCGUGACUCGCCGGCCGACGGGGGAAGUGAAGUGCCGCUAUUGCUUGAGAGACCUGAAGCGGGGCAAGAAGCGUGAUGAUGUUUUCGCGGUUGCCUCCUCCCAGGCGACGGCGCGAGUGAUCGACACCGUGGGGGUCAAGAAGGGCUAUGUGUUCUUCACUGCCGACGCGGAGAAUGCUUACUGGCAGGUGCCCAUCAAAGAGGAGGUCUUUUUGUGGCCCCCGACCGAGUGGAUCGAGCAGCGCCGGGCCCAAGGACUUCCGUGUGACGGGCUAGUUUGGAAAUUGAAGAAGGAAUGGUAUGGCCGGCAGAUCGCCGGGCAAAGCUUCGUGGAUUGGGCAGCCCAGCAAGCUGGAACCGAAGGGUUCGACAGGUGCGCGGCAGCACCCUGGUUCUUCUACAAUGCGGCCAGGGAUGCAAGCAUGGAAGUUCACAUGGACGACUUCUACAGCACAGCCCCCGAGCGCGAGGCGACAGAGUUCCUGGAAAGCCUGAGCAAGAAGAUUGUGAUGAAGUACAAAAUUCACCGCCCAGGGGACACCUUCGAGCACCUCAAGCGCAUCAGGACGGUCCACGAGGAUGGCAUGAUGGUGAAAGCCAACCCGAAGUACCUGCAGGCCCAGACCAAGGACCUUAAGCCGGACGUUUUCCUCGACGAGCAGAAAGCGUUUGAGUACAGGAGUUGCGUGGGGAAGGCCUUGUACCUUUCCUUCGACAGGCCAGACUGCCAACACGCAGUGCGCGAGCUCACCAAGCACAUGAAGCAGCCGACGGCCGAGGCGAUGAACUCCUUAAGGCGCCUGGCCCGUUACUUGAAGGGGACCUGCGACAUGGGUGGAGUUUUCAUGGUGGGCGGCUGCUUGGUUGGCAGCUACAGCCGGGGCUUGGCAAUGAUCUGCCUCAGCUCUGGCGAGGCCGAGUUCAACGGCGGGGUCAUGGCGACGAGCGAGGGCAUCUUCUACAAGGAGGGCGUGGGGAAGAUACGCCACCUGGAGACCAAGGCACUUUGGGUGCAGCAGGGCCUGAAGGAAAAAAAGUUCAGCUUGCAUGCCAUCUCCACCGAGACGAACCCCAGCGACAUCCACACCAAAAGCAUGGCAGCGGCGAGGUUCGAGAUCCUUCGCAAGUUGCUGGGGGUGAUCAACGACGAGGCGGUUGAGAAGGCAGCAAGGGCAACCCUUCUUUGUGGGAUGCUGGUUGGAAGCGUUCGGAACCGAGUGCCCAGAACAGCUGGCGGCGGCACCCUGGCAGCCAUUCUGUUGGCAGCUGGGACUGGCACGGCACAUGGACAGGGCCUCCAGCCAGGGGGGGCCGGGAACAUCAAGCUGUACCUGAGCGCGGACCUCGAUUACACCAAGGUGAUCCUGACGGCCCUCUGUUGCAUCAUCGGGAGCAUUGUGCUUUUGCUCUGGUGGUGGUGCAAGCCUAAGAAGAAGAAGAAAGUCGGGGUGUAUGAAGACGUGUACCCCGUGGCCCAGAUCGAGGGGCCCUACAUCUUGCGCACCGGGAGCCGAAUGCACACUUUGUCAAGUUGCCCACACGUACAGGGGCGACCAGUGCGAACUUUUCCGAUCUGCGAGUAUUGCCACAGGCAUACGGUGCAGAAGUAUGAGAAAAUCGACUGA